AUGGGUCUCGCUGCACUUCUCUUGGCUGUUUGUGUGCUGUAUUCAUGGCAAACAGGGUCCAGUGCUGUGACAACUGUGUUUGUGCAGAAAGGGAAGGAUUUACAUCUGGAUGUUAACAAACCUGUUGAUAUACCAGAAUUUGGUGAAUUUAGGUGGAAAGUCAAUGAUACUCUCAGCAUAGUGAGAUUAUCUCCUGAUAACAAAACAAGAAUAGUUGACCCUUAUAAAGGAAGGGUUGAGUUUUCUGUACAAAAUCACUCUUUGCUUUUGAAGAAUGUGCAACACAGUGACAGUGGAGAUUACACUGCACUCAUAACUGAGGACAAAAUCCAACUUCUAAUUGAAUACAAGGUCAUAAUUCAAGAUCCAGUGUCUCCAGUUAAUCUGUCAGUGAACUCUGUGUCUAACAGCAGAGAGUCCUGUAACCUCACUGUGACCUGCAGUACAGAGGACGCUCUCAUCAACACUUUUACAUGUGACAACCAAACCUGCCAUAAGGAGGGAGGAGAGCAGUCAGAGGUCACAACUUUUGGUUCUUCUCUCCAUGUCUACCUGUUCAAUGACUCUAUCAUCUGUAACCAUAGCAACCAGGUUAGCUGGACCAGCGACAUGAAGGAGAUUCGGUCUCUCUGCUCUCUAAAUGCUGAUGAGACUGAAAGAACAGGUACUAAUCUGCUGAUAAAAGAAACAACGGCAGAGAUAGGAGACACGUCUACGGAUAUCAGUCUCAACCAACGUCUGAAUGAGAAUGUCACAGAAGAUGCUUCAGGUCCUUCUCCAACCACCUCCGGUUCGGUACCUGCACAAUAUGAGAAUAUAAACACCCCCGAGCCAGAGACUGUUCCUCUAGUCACUGAAGAUCCAAAGUCCGACCAUCAACUUGAACUGAAAAACACAGAUGAUGAUGAUGAUGAUGAUGAUGAUUCAGUCCAUUCACAGGAAUGA